AUGGGUGCGGUGAAGGUGAUCAAGAACAAGGCGUUCUUCAAACGUUUUCAAGUAAAAUUAAAAAGGCGGCGUCAAGGCAAAACGGAUUAUUAUGCAAGGAAAAGGCUCACAGUGCAAGACAAAAACAAGUAUAACACCCCGAAGUAUAGGCUCGUCGCUCGUUUCACCAACAAGGACAUUGUGGCCCAGAUUGCUUAUUCGAAGAUUGAAGGAGACGUCGUGGUCACUGCUGCGUAUUCGCACGAACUUCCCGCAUACGGUAUCAAGGUUGGUCUGACAAACUACGCUGCUGCGUAUGCCACUGGCCUCUUGCUCGCUAGACGCCAUCUGAAACAAUUGAACUUGGAUGAAACGUUCAAGAGGGCAAGACGAGGUGAGGUUAUGCUUAUAUUUCUUCUCUCAUACGCAGAGAUGAAAAUUGACCAGUUACAGGUUACCGGUGAGUACUUCAUUGUCGAAGACGAAGGUGGUCGCCGACCGUUCAAAGCCGUGCUGGAUGUUGGAUUGUCGCGAACAACGACUGGCUGCAAGAUUUUCGGUCUCAUGAAGGGUGUCGUAGAUGGUGGCAUCGACGUGCCACACAGGUGGGAUCGUCUUACAUUUCGUGAUCGAAAGACAAGUCUCGGCGUUGAGGACCAUGAUCCCACGGAAAUAAUCCCCUUUUUGAUCUACAAGAAAGCUCACGAGCGCAUUCGAAGCAAUCCAGAACGUGCUGCUCGAGCGCCGAAGAAAGUAACUGAGAAGAAAAGGUAA